CACACCAACAUCAAAUAUAUUCUUCACUUUCUCCCUCAUCCUCUCACUCUCUCUCACUCUCUCUCUCUCUCUCUCCCUCUCUCUCUCUCUGUCUUUCUCUCUGUCCUCCACGCACUCUGGACACACCAAACACCCAAACCACCGCCGAAUUAGAUUUCAUGACCAUUUCCUCUCAGCUCCGAGACAUCUAAAGCUCGCUGACAUCGUAGCUCCGCAAUGACAACGCUCAAGCUGGUUCCUUUACCGCUCUUCCUGCUCGUCCUCCAAGUGCGUCUUUCCACUCUGUUAGAGGACAACAAGAUCCCUGCCAGUCUGUGCACGGGCCAUCCCGGCAUCCCGGGCUCGCCCGGAGUUCACGGCAGCCCCGGUCUGCCCGGGCGAGACGGACGGGACGGAAGGGAUUCUGCACCGGGGGAGAAAGGAGAAAAGGGGGACACGGGAGUACCAGGUGAGACGGGCGAGCGAGGUAUGACGGGAGACAGAGGUGAGCCUGGAGAGAGAGGCCAGAAGGGCGAGGCAGGACAGUGCGCCGUGGCACCCAAAUCGGCCUUCAGCGCCAAAGUGUCGGAAGGGCGCGACUUACCCCUCCCCGCGGGCGACACGGUGGUCUUUGACAAGAUCCUUCUUAACGAACAGGCCGACUACAACUCGGAGACGGGCCGCUUCACGUGCAAAGUUCCCGGCGUGUACUACUUUGCCGUACAUGCCACCGUGUACCGCGCUAGCUUGCAGUUUGACCUGAUGAAAAACGGACACGCCGUCGCUUCCUAUUUCCAGUUUUUCGGCAACUGGCCCAAACCGGCAUCGUUGUCGGGCGGGUCCCUGAUCCAUGUGGUCCCUGGGGACCAGGUGUGGAUUCAGAUGGCUCUGGGGGAAUACAACGGAUUCUACUCCAGCACUAAGACAGACAGCACCUUCAGCGGCUUCCUGGUGUACUCAGACUGGAAAAACUCUGCGGUGUUUGCAUGAGCGGUCAUACCUUGCAUAGGGAAAGUAACCACACGAUGGCCUAUUUAAGAUUUUUUUUAAUGAGCGAUUUUUGGAUGGCGAUGAGAACUGAAUACAUUGUAGUUGUGUAAUGAAGAAGAAAAAACUCACAACAGGCACAUACUAAACUGCAUAAAAUGUUUUUUUUUUUAGUAUCUACUUUACUCUUGCCUUUAGACUGCAGUGGAAUCUCUACGGUUGAACACAAUUCCACGCAGGACGCCUGCCGAUAGGGAUCCACAGAUAUCGUUUUUUUUUUUUUUUUUUUUUUUUUUCUCAGACCGAGUACGAGUACAAGUACUUACAUUUGAGUACUCAUUGAUACCACGUCCCAAUACUUGAUAAUGCCAUUAUGUUUUGCAAUUGUAUUGAAAGUGUGUUUUAUUUUAUUUUUUUGAAUCAACUAUUGUUCAAAAAUGCAAAACAAAAUAUUUUCUUGAACAUGACAUAAGUUUAAGACUCUUUAAACUAACAACUUUCCAUUACUGACAUUUUAACAUCCGACUGCAUAUUUUUCUAUUUCCUGCAGCACAUUUCACUUAAAUGUAGCCUAUAACACAAGGUAUUUCAGUUAUGGGGUCUCGGUCUGAACACUAGGGGGCACUAUGUAAAUAGAGUACAUAAAGUAGAUGAAAUCUGAUUUGUUUGCAUUUUAUGGAAAAAAAAAAGGUCCCAUAGAAAAUAAGGGAAAAUAUAAAUCAUUAAUAAUAAAAGAAACAAGUAAAUUUGUUUUAAUAAAAUUAACAAACACAAAGAACAUAUAAAAACAUAUAAAAAAGUAAAAAAAAAAUCCAGAAGGAAACUUGUUUUCUUAACUGCACUGGCAAUGUUUAAAGGACCAUUUUAACAUUCUUAAAAGUCAUACAAGGCUAAAGAAGAAGAAUUAUUGCUACGAUGUAAAAACAAUAAAACAUGUGCAUGUUGAAUCACAACUUUAAUGACAAAGCCGUAAUGAUAGCGUGACACCUUAAGCGUUCUUGGGCCCCAUAUCCUACAUAAAUAUUAUUAUUAUUAUUAUUAUUUAUAAUACCUACUGACUCACCCACGCUCAUUAUGUAACAUUCUACGUCAACUUUGAAAACAAGCGACAACAACUACUGUAUGUUGUCUGUUGACAUUGGAGCAUUUACGUCAUACAACUUUGAGUUUAAAUGAUUCUUGUUAACUCUCAUUGUUGGGGCUGGUCCCUAUUUUGGAAUAAGUGUUUCAAAAAGCCAAAGCAAAAACUCAUCACAAUAUUGAGCUCUUGUUUCUGAUGUCUCAUCAUGCAUGACAGUUGUCCGAGCUCCGAGUUUUGACGUCGGAAGCCUAUUCGUCAUAAAAAGAAAUUUCCAUUCUAAGUGGAACGUUUGGUUUUUGAGGUUCCACCGUGUGGUGUGCAACAGACCAAUUGUAUACUACCCAGCUGCAAGCAUUUUUUUAUUUGCCUUCUCGACCAUUGCUGCUCAUUUGCAGCAAAUUGUGUACA